UAAUUUAGUAUUACUCACGUUCUUGUGAUACAAAACGCUUACAAAAUUCUAAGCAUUUUUAAAAAUCGUAUAAAAAUAUAGUUUAUUUUUAUAAAAUCCAUUGCCUUGUUUAAGUAACAAUUUUAUAUAUCAAUAUAAAAAAAGCUUUUGCUAAACUCAACUUGACCUUGCCAGUUCUUUUCCGUUCAGCUACCGCGAUUGGAACAUGUCUUUUUCAUCACCUGAAAGAAGAUCAGAAGAUUGGCCGGAGGACUCCAAAAAUGGGCCAAAGGAUCAAGGGAGUUACGAGUCAGCCCCGGGCUUGGAGGGAGCCCUGGAUACGAACUGGCAUCAAGUCGUGGAGAGCUUCGACGAUAUGAACUUGAAAGAAGAAUUGCUGAGAGGAAUUUAUGCCUAUGGUUUCGAAAAGCCAUCGGCUAUUCAACAACGCGCCAUUAUGCCGUGCAUCCAAGGACGCGAUGUUAUAGCCCAAGCCCAGUCUGGAACUGGCAAAACUGCGACAUUCUCUAUUUCAAUUCUUCAACAAAUUGACACAAGUAUCCGUGAAUGCCAAGCUCUAAUCUUGGCCCCAACCAGAGAGUUGGCUCAACAGAUUCAAAAGGUCGUGAUAGCCCUUGGUGACCAUCUGAAUGCUAAAUGCCAUGCGUGUAUUGGUGGCACGAAUGUGCGCGAAGAUAUGCGCCAGCUGGAGAGUGGGGUUCAUGUGGUGGUGGGAACCCCUGGCCGCGUGUACGACAUGAUCACCCGCCGCGCUCUUCGUGCUAACACUAUCAAGCUCUUUGUUCUUGAUGAGGCUGACGAAAUGUUGUCUAGAGGAUUCAAAGAUCAAAUUCACGAUGUGUUCAAGAUGUUGUCAGCUGAUGUACAGGUCAUUCUGUUGUCUGCUACUAUGCCUGAUGAUGUUUUAGAAGUCUCCCGCUGUUUUAUGAGGGAUCCGGUGCGCAUUCUUGUGCAGAAGGAAGAGCUUACCCUGGAAGGUAUUAAACAAUUUUUCAUCGCCAUUGAGGUGGAGGAAUGGAAACUGGACACCCUGUGUGACUUGUAUGACACACUCUCCAUUGCUCAAGCUGUAAUCUUCUGCAAUACUCGCCGCAAGGUCGACUGGCUGACUGAGUCCAUGCAAGUGCGUGACUUCACUGUGUCUGCUAUGCACGGUGAUAUGGACCAGCGUGAGCGCGAGGUGAUCAUGAGACAGUUCCGUACAGGAUCCUCUCGUGUUCUCAUUACCACUGACUUGCUGGCUCGAGGCAUUGAUGUUCAACAAGUUUCUUGUGUCAUCAACUAUGAUCUGCCUACAAACCGUGAAAAUUACAUUCAUCGAAUUGGCAGAGGUGGCCGUUUCGGUCGUAAGGGAAUUGCUAUCAACUUUGUUACUGAAGCUGACAAGCGAGCACUGAAGGAUAUUGAGGACUUUUACCACACUACUAUCACGGAAAUGCCCAGUGAUGUGGCCAACCUCAUCUGAGGUGUCAGCGCUUUUCCCGUUUAUACUUUGUGUCCUGCGUUCUAUUGCGAUAUUGAUAAGGUGUGAGUAUUAGGAGGAAUCUCCUAAUUACUGCUGUGCCGACUUUUUUUAUUGGAACUCCUUUAAUUUGGACCGAUAUAUUUUGUUUUAGUUUAAUUAAUGAAUACAUUAUACUAUAAUAGACGUAUCAAUAUAAGUUUAAUAUACAUAGGUAGGAAUAAGACCGGCCCGGCCGGAUGGCCCCCGUUCCGCGUAGGCCUCUCUGCCGCUUGCAGAGAGGUCUCAUCGGGUACUGGAGAGGCUAUUUCAAUCACAAAAGUACUAGACGGAAACAAUGUAUUGUAACUCUUUUUCCAGUUGUACAUAAUAUGGUAACUGUUUUUGUAAUACGGUAAAUAAAUAUAAUUAUAUAUCCCAA